CACAUGAUGGUGAAGGCGAUGGCAGGGCGCUCCGACGAUUCUCAUUCAUUGAAAGCAGCCGUCGUGUUCGUUGAGUGAAACGAGGAUUCUGGAGAAAGGCGCAGGACGCUGAUGAUGAACAGAGGAGAAAGAAACAAGAAAUUAUGUUGUUGCUAGAUUAGAGAGACUGUGUUUGGCACUGCUGCGGUGACCAUGGACCUAAUUUUCUGACUGACACUCGAUGCGAUCGAUUUGACGAGCGUGGUUGAGUCGUGAGGCGAGAGGUAUUGGUGCAUCUGACUGCGAGAGGUAUUGGUGCAUCUGACUGCGAGAGGUAUUGGUGCAUCUGACUGCGAGAGGGCGGUAGGGUAGAAUUGCGGCAGGGAGGACGAGGAGGAGAGGACGGCGGCGAGCAACGAGGCUGAGUGAGUUUGGAGAGAGCAGGUUGAGGAUUGUAAACGUGGUAUCGGAGGAGUUGCUUCGGAGGAGUGUGCUAUGGUAAUUUCUGAGGAACAUGUUUGUGAAGGGCAUGGUAAUUGAAUCUAGUUUUGGAGGCGGAGGCAGGUUGGUGCAGCAGGUGGAAUUAAGGAAGGGGAGUCGAACAUGACUUGGAGAGAUUUGUUUCAGAGGGUGGGAAGUAGAAUUCUGGAAUUUUCAGAUCUUAAUCACAAAGGUAUCUACCGUGGCGAGGGCUUAUUCUGAAUCUCAUCUUCGUAUGAUACGGAGUGAAUCUGGUUUAUAUAAGUCGGACACUCCUGUCUUGUGACUUUACAUCGUAGUGUGUGUCAGUGUGUGAUCUGGACGAGAGUUUAGUCGCACCUGUUGUGUAGAAAUUUUAACUAGUUUACGAAGCUCGACCACUGAAGAUGGCGCUGGAAGUUGGAGUUCCCGGGCUUGAUUUGGUUUGGGUUUAAUCGAAGAGCAGAUGCAGCCACACCAUUGGACACAUUUUCAGGUGUGGCGUGGUGACGUAUUCUGCCUUGAUACAAAUCCCUCGGACACUGCAGCGUUAAUGACCUUACAUCCAUGUAAGACCUCGUGAAGUAUCAGGUCGGAUGCUAGCUAGAUGGACAUAAUGAACACAUCGGCUUGGCCGGGGUAGGAAUGACCAGUAAACUUGAACGUUUUCAAUUUCUAACCCGAAAUUUAAGCGGAUGAGAUCUCAUAUUGCUGGUGUACCUCUUUCACUCAGGAUGUUUUCAUGCUUAGCUCUUUUACUUGGGAAUUGGUUAUUUCUAAGAUCUAUUGAGAGGCUUUUUCCAGAGUAACCAAGUUGAAGCGAUUCUACUGGGUUAGGAGACUGGUCGACAAGAGGUAGUCGUAUUGUCGCUGCUUCCGCAGCUUAUGGAACACUGCUGUCCCAAUGUUCCUGUAGGAAGGACAACCAUCGGCACAUAUCUGAAGUUCUUGGCAAUCUGAUCGGUUCACUUGGGGAUUUAUGUACCUGGUGCAUGUAGGGGGAGCUUUUGAUUUAGUAAGGCUCUCUUUAUUCGAGUCAUGCGCCACUACAACUACAGGGCUGUAUCUAUCUGUCACGGCAAGCACAGUCCUGAUAAAAUUUCCCGCUCCCCCAUGCCGAAAGACUUAAAUCUAUGUUAGUGAAAACCUUGUUGGGUAGCUAGGUGAGAAGUUUUGGGAAGAAGCGUAUUGUGAAAGAAAACAUGAAAUUAGAAUGAAGCUGGCUGCCAAGCGUCGGAUAGGCCAGCUGCUGGAUUUGAUGACAUAGAGGUAGAAGGCGAGCGAGGAAGGUGAAAGUAUGGAUACGAUGGAGCCAAUUGAGUGCGGGGUGACACAGAGGAAAAGCCGCUGCCACAGCAGUGAGACAGAACGAUCUUCACCGGUUUCUACCUCGUACGGAGGGUCUUCUCAAUCGCCAAGGGAUAAUGGUGGCACUUCCUCCUGUUCUGACGCUCGAGAUGAGCGAGAGAGGAAGUCUAAGGGUGAAAGAAAUGGGCAAUCGAGACGACUCCUGCAAGCUAGUCCAGGGAGUUGGAAGAUUCCUGAGAAGACCGAGACACAGGAUCGCGAGCUGAAUGGGAGCGAUAGAGUUGAAAUAACGAGCCCAAGUUUCAAGCAGGAUCGCAAACAACAGAAAGCCCGGCAUUCGCUUGCUUCGAAAGUAUGUUCUAGCCGGAAGCAUGCAGAAAUCUUACCCGCUGAAAGCGAGGCAAUUGGCGGUGAGGAUGAGGAUGAUUUGUCUAACUACAGGACUUUUGAGCGUCUGGUGCAGCUAUCUGAACUCCAAGAGGAAGUGUCUUUACUACAUAAACGGUUGGCGGAGGAACUUGAGCUACGUGCAGUGUUGGAAAGUGCCUUGGAACAUGAUUCAGGAGCUUUAACCAAAUUUCCACGUCAUCUUCCAAUAUCUGCUCGGGAACUCUUGGCAAACAUUACAUUGUUGGAGGUGGCGGUGUUGAAAUUAGAGGAGCAAUCCUCGCUUUUGCAGGAUGAGGUUGGACAGGCGCGCAUAGAGAGGGAGAUAGCUGAGCUGAGAUAUUCUUCAGCGCAUGGCGUACGUCUGCGUUCGGAGGGGCUUAGUCUGAAUUGCGCUUCAUCCGAUUCUAAUGAAGUUCUUAGGGAUGAUCAUUCUGUUCGAUUAUCGAGCACAGUACCUUCGUGUGAGGGCCAAAAGUCGAAUACAGCUUCAUCGUCUACGCCCACAGAAACGACCAGUCUUCAGUCUUGUAUGUCUCUUCGACAAGAGCCGCAGUUUAAAGAACAACCUCAAAAAGGCUGGAAGGAACAGCGAGCUCUUACACUGCGGCAGGAUCUUCGUUUAACCAUCCCAGAGUUUUCUGAAGAAGACCAUGCAACUGUAUCACCCUGGAGCAUGCAUCAUGAGUAUGAUUCAAUUAGUGAUCGGCAAAGUCAAAUUAUAAAGUCAUUUUGGAAACGGAAUCCUCUAGAGGAGGAAGAUCAUUGGAUACCUCUAAUCGAGCACGAGCCACAAGUUUUAUUUGCUGAAGCUUAUUGCGACUCUCCUCAAGAUAGCAACAUGGGCCUCUGUCAUGUUCCAGUCGCUAGUGUAACACACAAUGAGGACUCACCUUGCUUCUCUCCUGCUAUUAUUGCUGAAACUCUUAGGCCACUGUCUCCAGAUCUGGCUGAUCUUGCUGAGGAGGAUGAUAAGUCUUUCAUUCCUGUAGCUGAGGUUCUGUGGAAACCUUCCACUGUCAAGCCUUCAACUUUCUCGAAUGACUUAGAAACUGAGAUUCCAACCAUAGCAGUACUGACAACCAAGCCAGAAUCGUGGAGCUUUACGUCUGAAGAUGAUCAUCCUCGGCCGGAGAGUGGCUCUGCUCCCCACAGCAUGGUCUUCGAGGAUCAGCCUUGGGCGCAAUUAGCUGAAGCUCCCUCUGUUGACGAGCAAAAGACGAAAUACCGGAACGGCGUCAUGAAUGUUCGUGAGCUUCGACGCCAGGGUACUCUGGACAAAAACUCUGAGAAAACCAAGUCCUUUGACUCUUCUCGGACGUCCAGCAUCUCAUCGGUCAAAUCUGGUACCCUUCUAUCUCCUAUAUGGUCACCUGUAGACACGAGAACAGAGAAUCGGAAUGCUUAUGAAUCACGGGGUAGUGUUGAAAUGGAAAAUGGCUGCAAUCUUGCUUUAUCAUUUAAUACGCCCAACGAACUUUCAGAACAAAUGGUACGUUGCAUGAUCAGUAUAUAUCGCCAUUUGGCCGACUCGAACAACACAAAUAAAGAGUCUUCACCAUUGGGUAAAACUCAAUCUCCCACUUCACCCUUCACAGCGACGACGAAUUUGUCUGCCUCGGUCUCUGAAUCAUCUCUGCUAUCAGUUAUUCGAAGUCCUUUAGUGGACCUUCGUAGUAAGGAGGUUUUGGGAAAUGAGGCAUCUCCUGACCCUUUCAAAUCAAGGGGUAAGAUUCCAUGGGCAGACAUCGGUCCGUAUGCCCAUGCAAUGGAGGUUGGGUGGCUUUCUGUUGGCAAAGAUCAGCUUGAGUUUGCAGCACAAGCUUUACGUAGUUUCAAGAUAUUAGUGGAGCAAUUAUCAAGAGUGGAUCCUUCGAAUUUGAAGCAUGAAGAAAAGCUUGCAUUCUGGAUCAACCUUUACAAUGCUCUUUUGAUGCACGCUUAUCUGGCGUAUGGCAUUCCAAAGAGCGAUCUCAAAUUUUUCGCUUUGCUUCAGAAGGCAGCUUACACUGUGGGAGGGCACUCGUUCAACGCUGCUACAAUGGAGUUCUGUCUUCUUAGGUCGAAGUCGACUGCUCAUCGACCUCAACUCAAUCUUUUGAUGUCCCUACACAAGAAUAAGCUUACGGAGGACCAAAGCAAAUUUGGAAUAGAUCAUCUAGAGUCGCUCGUCAGCUUUGGGUUGUGCAGUGGCACGCGAUCAUCACCUAUGGUUCGAGUUUACACAGCCAAACAUGUAAAAUCACAGCUUGAAGAUGCACUUCAUGACUACACGAGAGCAGCCGUAGGAAUCUCAGCGAAGGGCAGGCUGCUAGUUCCCAAGUUGCUGUAUACCUAUGCUCGUGAACAUGUUGAAGAUGCUGACCUUUUGGAUUGGGUCUGUAACUUCCUUCCAAGCAACCAAGUUGCUGUGGUCUUUGAGGUCAUUCAACAACGCAGGCAUCGUAUCCUUGGAUCAAAAAAUUUCAACGUUCUCCCAAAUGACUUCACCUUCCGCUACCUAUUCCCUGCGGAGGUUUGCCCAAAACGGGAAUUCUAAGUCUUAAUUACUUAUUAAUAAGUAGUUGUCUUGGAAUCAAGUAUUUGCGAGUCCACCACAUGCAGAAGGGCGAUCAACUACGGCAUUGGUUGUUUCAAGUGAAGCUCACAAUUGCAGCAUUUAUUCCGGGAGAUGGACCAUUUCUUUCCGGACCUGAUUGUAGAGACUCUCUUCUGCUCCCCAACGGACGUCGAAAUUUGGUACAUGUCGACCUCAACAAAGCUUUACUGUCAUUUUGAAUAGAUGUUUCCUCAAUGUCUCCUGUCUGAUUUGUGAUUGAGCACAUCCAGUGCCUUCAUGGACAACACCCCGCAUGGCAAUGUGUAAAGUAGAGUGCAGAUAUAAGAAUCUGCACGGGAAAAAAAAAUGCCUGGGUCUUUUCUCUUGCACCCCUUUUAUUUGGGGUGGUUGUAGAGUUGGUGUUUCUCACCUAAGCCACUCAUAACUGAAGCAGAUACAUGAUGAGCAAUUGUGCUGCAUCGCCAUACAUGGGUACAUUUUACUUACUGUUCUAAGAGCUAUGCGUCUUUUCAUUAGAAAUGGGUCCUGGGCUAGUUCUGGCCUGGCCUGGUACGGGUUUGUUGUAAGCUGAAUGAGAGAUCUGUUUUCAUUGUUUUCUCUGUAUCACAA